AUGCGUGUGGACGACGAAGAGGAGCAGGUGCCCUACGAGCAGGGCUACAUUCCGGUCCAUUCCUACCGAUCGCAUAGUGAUAACACCACGAGCGGCCCCACGACUCUACUCGCGCCGUAUGUCACAGCUGGCGUCGAAAAGGAGCUGAAGAUGGCGAAGGCGUACGUCACAGCCCAUCAGAUAAAGGAGGAAAGUAAGGAAGAAGAAUGGGAUGUCAGGAUGGUUGCCGAGUACGGCGACGAGAUUUUCGCAUACAUGCGAGACCUCGAGGUACGGAUGCUUCCGAACGCCCACUACAUGGACGACCAAAUCGAGAUCCAGUGGCCGAUGCGCUCUGUCCUCAUGGACUGGCUGGUUCAGGUUCACCAUAUGCUCUGCCUCCUUCCCGAGACGCUUUUUCUCGCCGUCAACUACAUCGAUCGCUUCCUCUCAGUCAAGGCCGUUCCUCUCGGAAAGCUCCAGCUGGUCGGCGCCACCGCUCUUUUUGUGGCGGCUAAGUACGAAGAUAUCGACUGUCCGUCCGUUCAGGACAUCGUCUAUACGGUGAAUUCGGGCUAUAGCGUACAUGAGAUUCUCCAGGCUGCGCGUUUCAUGCUUAGCAUGUUGCACUUCGAGCUAGGGUGGCCCAGUCCCAUGAGCUUCCUCUACCGUAUCGGCAAGGCUGAUUAUUAUGACCUGGAGACACGGACGCUGGCCAAAUACUUUCUGGAGGUUACCCUCCUGGAUGAGCGUUUUGUGAGCAGCCCUUCCAGCUUCCUAGCGGCCGGAGCGUACAGCAUCUCCCGUUUGUUUUUAGGCAAAGGGAAUUGGACUUUCGCCCAUAUCCAUUACUCUGGCUACACGCUGAGCCAGUUGAGACCGCUCAUCAAGACGCUUUUUGAGUGCUGCCAAUACCCACGCAAGCACCACAGCGCCGUGUACGAGAAGUAUGCGACGCCGAAAUACCAGCAAUCUUCGACUUUCGUGGCAGGCAAGAUGGCGACCGGACUCACGCUCACCCGGCUGUAUGCCGGGGAUGUUCGCCGGGACAUCUCAUGUGUUCUCACCGACGAUAUGCUUGGCCGGUACCAGGCUCCCCGUAAUCUCAUUCCCAUCUAG